AUGAAAUCCCGUUUCAACGUUCAAGUCUCAGUAUUGCUCUUAGCUGGGAGCUUUUUGAAAGUAUUGGCUCAGACGACUCCGCCUCCUCCCUGUUUUAUCACUGGACCCAAUUUCCCGCUUCCUCGCACCAUAGUCUACGAUGAAAAAGCAGUACAAUGCGACACGACUAUCAAGCUAGCCACCCCUCUCCUAAACAUUCCUGAUAUAUACAUCCAAGUUGGCACACAAAAAUUUAGUUUUUCGUCAAAGGAUAUCGGCUUUCACACGUCCAACCUGCCAUCGACGAUUUUUGCGUUGAAAACUUUUGGUGUUGUGCCAAAAGAGAAAGAAGCAGUACUCGAUAUAUAUGGGAAAUUGUAUGGCGCUAUGAAUGCUGCUGUGCGAAGCAACAAUUACAAAGAUGCAAUUCAAAUGGUGAAAGGAGCACAAAACUUCCUCAAUUUGCAUAUUCGAGUCCUGGCCGGUGAUUCAUCAUCUGAAAAAUUGACUGAAAUGUUUACCAAGGUUACCAGGCUUUGUAUCAAAUGUACCGCCAAAGACUAUCAAGAUUUGAACGCAUAUGCCGUCGCCAAGAAGAUCCGUAUAGAGCCAUGA